AGUACAGGGAAUGGGCCCUGUAGGUGAAUUCACAUUACAACUUCCGUAAUAAUCUACAGCUCUGUGUCGUCAAUUUGGGGAGGAUUUGUGCUUCAUAUUGGAAUUCUGUGUCGCUUGGAGAGUUGGAUACAGCGACGACGUGCUCUUAACGUGUGUUUUUUCAUUGGAUGUAUGGGCGGCUUAGGCCGAAAAUGGUGUUUUUUAAUGGCUCUGUCAAGUUAAAGGUAUGCGAGGCGUCGGAUCUCAGACCCACCGACUUUGCCCUACGCCAUCAAAUGGGCCCCAACAAAGCAGUGACCCUCAUAGAUCCAUAUGUGUCUAUAAACGUUGAUGAGUUGUUUGUGGCUAGAACGACUUCUAAAGCAAAGACAUGUCGCCCAAUUUGGAAUGAGGAUUUUGUCGCCGAGGUGCACAAUGGACAAAACAUCGGUCUAACUGUGUUUCAUGAUGCGGCAAUUCCGCCUGACGAAUUUGUCGCGAAUUGCACCAUUUUAUUCGAGGAUCUGGUGGACAAGCCCAAGAAGGCAGAUAUAUGGAUUGACUUGGAACCCACCGGGAAGGUUCACGUCCUAGUCGAACUGAAUGGCUCGUCCUCCGAUGAUCGCCAGCUGGACAGAGAGGAAGCCACCGUAGGGUCCACAGCACAGAAAGAUCAAAGAGAAAGAGUAUUUAAGGAAAAAGAUGGCUUGCUCAAUCGGCGGCGUGGUGCUAUGCGAAGGCGGGUCCACCAGGUCAACGGACACAAGUUCAUGGCAACAAUUUUACGACAACCAACAUUUUGCUCACUUUGUAGGGAUUUUAUAUGGGGGCUUGGGAAGCAGGGAUACCAGUGUCAAGUUUGUACUUGUGUUGUUCAUAAACGCUGUCACGAGAUUGUGGUCACCAAGUGUCCAGGCUGCACCAAGGAGGGGGAUGAGGCCACGGGCACAAGGUUCAAUAUCAAUGUUCCUCAUCGGUUUUGUGUCCAUAGUUACAAGCGUCCCACAUUCUGUGACCAUUGUGGCUCGCUUCUCUAUGGGAUCAUAAAGCAAGGGUUGCAAUGUGACGCAUGCAAAAUGAACAUCCACAAACGUUGUCAAAAGAAUGUGGCCAAUAACUGUGGUAUUAACGACCGGAUGCGGGAUAUGGCCCAGAUUCUACACGACCUAGGAAUCUCGGGGGACAAACUCAGUGGCAAGCCCAAGAAGUGUUGUGCUUUUCAGCCCUCAUUUAGUGAGUCUCCCCACAAGAGUCCUACAACAGUUCAUGAAAGAUCUUACUCAUCACCAAUACCUGCAAUGCCAGAUGCAUAUGAGGAUGUGUUAAUGGAAGCAGGUCGUCAUACAUUUAUGGGGGACACGUUGAUGGUGUCAUCCACCAAUGACCACCAGAGAGCUAGGAGUCCAUCACAAGAGCGUGGGUCACGCAUGCGUUACCAUCUCACAGACUUCAACUUUAUCAAAGUUCUUGGGAAAGGAAGUUUUGGGAAGGUGAUGCUGGCAGAGUGCAAGGGUACAGAUGAGGUGUUUGCUGUGAAAGUGUUAAAGAAAGAUGUGAUAUUACAAGAUGAUGAUGUGGAGUGUACAAUGACAGAGAAGAGGAUACUGGCACUGUCGGCUAAACACCCUUUCCUCACUGCACUACACUCCUCUUUCCAGACAAAGGAGCGUUUGUUCUUCGUGAUGGAAUAUGUCAAUGGUGGCGAUCUGAUGUUCCAAAUACAGAGAGCUCGCAAGUUUGACGAGCCACGGGCACGCUUUUAUGCUGCUGAGGUGACACUAGCUCUCAUGUUCUUACACAAAAAUGGAAUUAUCUAUAGAGAUUUAAAAUUAGACAACAUUCUCCUUGAUGCGGAAGGCCACUGUAAGAUUGCUGACUUCGGUAUGUGCAAGGAGGGAAUGUUCGAGAACAGAACUACGCAGACAUUCUGUGGGACACCAGACUAUAUUGCUCCAGAGAUUCUGCAGGAGCUGGAGUACGAUGCAUCUGUGGACUGGUGGGCACUGGGGGUGCUCAUGUACGAGAUGAUGGCGGGCCAGCCUCCGUUUGAGGCGGACAAUGAAGAUGACCUGUUUGAGUCUAUACUUCACGAUGAUGUGCUGUACCCGGUCUGGCUCAGCAAGGAGGCAGUAGCCAUUCUCAAAGGGUUUAUGACAAAGAACCCAGCAAAGCGACUAGGCUGUGUUAAAACCCAGGGCUGUGAGAAAGCUAUUCUCAUUCACCCGUUUUUCCAUGAGAAAAUUGACUGGGAGGCAUUAGAACAGCGGAAGGUGAAACCGCCCUUCAGACCAAGAAUUAGAAACAAAACAGACGCCAACAACUUUGACAGGGACUUCACGUCGGAGGAGCCUGUGUUGACACCGAUGGAUCCAACCAUGGUGAAGUCCAUCAACCAGGAGGAGUUCCGAGGAUUCUCCUUCAUCAACCCUGAUUACGGCAAGCUGGACAUAGAGGGCGCUGCAGGCACAUGUGCUGCUGCCUCAGCUGUGGGGACAGGGCACUAGUGUCUCCCACCCCAUCUACCAGCACCCCUUCCCACAGACAGACCGACAGACAGAUGGACACACACAAUGGCCCUACAUAGUUAUUUAUUGGAUCCCAGUUCACUCUGAGCAUUGGCGGUCUUGAGAUGUAUGUUUGAACUGUGAAGCCGUCUCUCUGAAGGGUGGACAAAUCCAGCCACUCUGUCCUUCAGCCGCUACAGAUGGCACUCUCUCCUGUAUUUAUUGAUUCCACGGCCCCAGAAUCACUCCAGAUAUCUUCAUGCUGUGUAGGAGGUAUGGAGGCAAAGAUGGAACAGUUUUAACUUUGGUUUAUUGUCUAUCAACUGUUGGACAGCUCCACCACAUAACAUGUUUAUUUAUUCAAAUCAAGUCUUCUUUGUUUUGGGUUUUUCUUCCUGAGUGAGAAUGAGUCAGUUUGAUCCCGUUGACCACUUGAUAGUUAAGGCUUUUGUUGUUACCCAUGAUGAUAUUAAGUUUGUGCUGACUCUAAGCCCUGUGUUCAUUUUGUUAUGACUGAUUCCUCUAAGGUAUCAAGUAUUACUUGUCAUAAUACAUGCUCAGCAUUUCUUCUACAUUUGUUUAUAAAGAGGCUGCACAGAAAGCUGGCCUGUGUCGACCAAAUGUUUAAGAAUCAUGGAAUAAUGCGAUUCACAGAGGAGCAGUGAUUGUUCAACCAAGUUGGUGAAUGACUUACCAUGAAGUUGAUCUUGGUUCCGGAGUCAAUUAAGACAAGGCAGUUUCUGACUCUGGGAGGCUAUAUCACCCUGCUCCCUCCUUUCAGCAGCAUCUUUUGUUGCAUUCAGAUGUUUUUCUUCUUUUCUUUAACUUUGGUGUUGAGCCUCUUAGAUUUGAUAAUGAGCUAUCAGAGAAAUCUGAGGCAGCAUUUUAUAAUAAAAUACCCCUCAAAUAAUUGAAGAAAAUGCAUAAUUAUAUUCUCUACUUGUCCCCUACCCAAUAUAUUUAUUCUCCAGGAAGGUGUAAAUCAAUAGUGAUCUGUUGUAUAUGAGAAUGUUAUUCUUAAAGCUGUACAAAUCCAGUGAUGUAAGGAGCUUUGCAUUUGAAUGUUCUAUUAUGGCAUAAAAUGUCAGCUAACCUCUUUUAUGCUAAGUCCAAUUUUUUGUGCAAGUUUGCCUGACAACCGUCAUUAAAAAUCUCUCAUUUCUCCAUUGUUAAUGAAAGUUGGUGGAAAGCCUGUUUAAUUUGCCAAAUCAUAAUAUACAGUCUGUUGUUCAGUGUCCCUGCCUGCAUGGUUGACCUGUGGGCUACAUAUCAAUGUGGUGGCCAUCUUGCAAUGUGACCUAUUUUUUACAUUUAAUACUGUUAUCUCAACAACUCUCCCCUGGUCUUUUUGACAAAGAUUGUGGACAAACCUCUCACUGAAUGUAGUAAUGCUGUAACCAUGCAGCUCAAAAUAACACUUGUCAUCUUCAGACGAGAACUUCUCAUCCAUUCGUGGACUAUCAAACACUACACAUUUAGAUGUAAUUCAAUACCAUCUAGGUAAAUUGUUAUUUGUGAAAAUACAUAUUUCAUAGAAGGUGACGACUAUUUGUAGGAAUCCUGCUUUGCCAUCAAGUCCAGGGCUAGUAUUGUCAUAUUGUUGCAAGAUGUCCUUCAUUAAAUGCAUUGUCAGAGUACUGACUUUUCAUGUGCAAUAUGGGUAUUUUAGCAUCAAGACAGUUGUGUUCCUGUUAUUACUAUUAUUAAUAAUUGUUUAUGAAAGCUGUAGCUAUAUGCAUAUUAAAGACUCAAAUCAAUAUUUCAUGGAAAGAGACUAAAGAUGUUAAUAUAUAUCAUGAUACUCCAGUCCAUAGGUAAGUAUGGUCUAGGGCUGCAGACAUUUGUUGACUUAUGGUUAUUUAAAACUCAGAUUAUUGGGCAAAACAUUAUAUUAUGUUUUUCCUUGAAAUAUUGCUCUUCCCUUUAAUAUGCAUUUGGCAUGCCAUGAGAAAUAAGUUUUUCACAGGAGUGCACUAUCUUUUCCAUUUCUCUAUUAUAUAUAAUAUAUUUGUGAAUACAAUGGCUUUUAGGCAGGCCUUGACUGUUGAUUUUUUAUGUGUAAAUUAUGAAUAUUUGUAAAAAUGUUUGGUAUGAUACACCUGACACAAGUGGCCACAGAUAACCUAGGCAUAUCCAAUCUGCAUUGUGUUGUUAGGCAUGUGUUUCUCGCAGACUGCACUAGGUCCCAUGCUCUCCUCUCUCUCUCUCUCCUUUCUUUCUGACUCUCUCUCACACAUACACUGAGUAGGGGUAUGACUAUCAACAACUUGUAACAGUAUUGUUUUAUUGAGUCACUCACAGGAACGUUGUGUGCAUGUUCAACAUGGCUGUUGUGCAGAGGCCAACCAGAUGUAGGGUUGUAGAGAAUCCCAGCCAGGGCAUUAGUCUCCAUAUGGGAAACUCAUUGUUGUAGGGUCAAUAUUGCUGAUAUUAACACUGAGUGUGAUUUAUUUCUGUAUCUUGGAGGGAACAUGCUGAAUACAUUCAUAACUUCUGAAAGAAAAUGUCUUUGCACCGAAAUGGUAGGUUAUGUACUGAUGGUCAGAAGUUGAGCCACCGUGCAUUGUGUCAUCUGUGUAGAGUUAUGUAAAGUACCCAGGACUACGGCAUAUAUGUGCCUGAAUGACAUUAAACCAGGAAGAGAACAAUAGGCUAAUUCAGCAAGCAUAAAGAGUUCAAUCAAGUUGAAUAAGGAGUUAAUGGAAAAACCAACAUAUUGAGAUCAUGUCAGAGUUAUGUUUGUACAACAGGUUCAAAGAUAAUAUAUUUCAUGUGUUCAAAUUGUUGGUUCAUGAAUGAACUAUUUUGUCAUGGUAAACAUGUUAUUACAGUUGUGAGUGAAAAAUAUCUCUUACGUUGAGAAAGAAGGAAAUGCAUUUCUUGGAGUGUUCUUAAUCUCUGACCAUCAGGAUGUGAUAGUUUGAUUUGAUGUAGAGAACAUUUGCUAAGUGAGGAGUUGAAUAUUCAUGUUAUUGUUAGAAGUGUGAAUGUUUCAGGAGAAACCUGAAACCAGAUAGAUGACAUUUGGUAUUUGCUGUUUGAAACACUUUGUUCUGUUGGAGCUCAACUUCUAGUCAACUCUUUCAAUAAUCAUUAAGGAAAUCUAAUCCUGCAGCUAUUCCUGGUGGGAAUAUCCCCGAUUUGUGCAAUAUGAGACGUAUUUCCUUCAAAGCCAGCAUACAGAGGGUACUUCUAUAACAUAUUGGCUUGCUCAAAGAACAGUAUUUCCAUGUUACAAAUUCAUCAUGGAUACACUAGAAGUUGAAUGUAUUUUCCUGGUUAGAUCAAAGUGAGAGCCAGAGUCUUAACCUUACUGUAUUCCUUUGUUAAGUUCACAGCACACUGUAAAGGUGGCAAGUAUAUUGUUUCUGUCUUGAGUUGAGUGAGUUUGUUUUCAUUGUUAUAGAAAAAGGAAUCACAGCAAUCCAUGGUAGAGCUGGUGCAGCAAGCUCUCUUCUCCCCACCAUAACACCCAUUCUUCAGUUCCAUUACUCUGCCUACACAUCACAUUUCAGUAUGAGUCGAUGAUGAGGCCAGGAGCAGUAGACAUCAGCAAGGUUGUAGCUGGGACUGCAUGCCGCCUGCUUGCUCUGCACGCCGUCUGCUUGCUCUGUACACCAAUGGCUACUUGGUGGUGGUACAACCCUCUCUCCUUGUCCCAUUUCUGCAGUGGUCACACCCUGUAGUGUGUGUGUCGGUGCAUCUCUUCCCUGGGUGCUGGAUACCUUUACAUGACCACAUCCACAUCCACGACACCACUUUCAAUAUGACCCUGCAGCAGUCUCUGUGGUGGUGGACCUCUCACUGUCUCUUGGCAACGCCUUUUCACCACUACAACAACCACAUCCACUAUCCCACUUUAUCAAUAUAUCUGUCCAUGUGGUGGUGCAUUGCUCCCUGUCUCUAGGCGUCUCCCUCACAACCACAACACCCCUGCCCACCAACAUACUCUAGAUUGCAGUGUAUGUGUAGUGAUGCAUCUCUCUAUCUCUUGGGUUCACAACAGACCGCCUUCAUGGUUUAGUUGAUGGGAUGUCUGUGAUGAGAGCAGAAGGUCAGUGGUUUGCUCCCUGGCCAUGUUACUGAAGGGUGUCAAAACAUGGUAUUCAGCAUUAGGAGGAUAAAACAAGAACUGAAGUGCUCAGUCGUGUAUACAAGAUGUGAGCAAGAAACCAUGUAAAACUGCUAUAUAAGUGCAAUAAUCUUGAAUGCAACGUUAAACCUCUCUUAACCCCAUUACCACAACCCUGCUUAGCAUACCAUAUCCUGCAUUCGUGUGUCGCGGUGCAUCUCUCCCUGUCUCUUGGCAUCCUACCACCACCACCCCAGUUCCAAUACAUGCCCAGUGACUUGCACUGUGUGGUCUCGCCCUGUCUCAUCACCUUCACACCACCAUCACCAUGGUGCCCAUCAGCCACCUUUCACACCUGCCAUGCUGACAGCUUGUCCUCAUCAACACAAGCUGUACAACAGAUAGAUUUCAUAACAUUUCAGCCGGUUUCAUUCAGUUAUGUUAUAUUGUAUGUCUGACAGGAUCAGCCUAGGACAUUGGAGGGAACCUUUUGCCACCUGGUCAGCAAUGAUUUGGUGAAGCUUUGGGCACUCCUUCUCGCUUGCCAAAGAGAUGAGAUAGCCUUGAUGGGUAGAAUGUGUGCUAUUAGUGACUGAGAUUGCUAAGGGGCAGGUACACACCAGCAUACGUACAGUGGGUAAUGUGCUGUGCUGGAGCACUCGGUAGGACGACAUUCAUCAUCAUCAGCCUUUCAUCCUGUAAGAUCUGAUAACAUUGUUGUACUGCCUCGCAGCAAGCCAAAUGUGAUAAUACAAUACAAUAAUUUUAGUCAAUUUUUAAAUUAGUAUAAAUUGUGACUGUGCAUACAAUGUCUUCAAUUAUUUUAUCUUGACAUAACAUUGUCCUGUUUUAACUCCACAUUUAUUUUGAUGGUUCAUUUUACUCUGUGCACAAAGGGACAAUGUCAACAGUCAGCCUUCAUCAACUAGACUGGCAUGAAAUUAUGUCAAAGCCAUAAAUUCUGUUGAGAAACUAAGUUGUGUGAUGGGGCAUAUGAGACAUGAGGGAGUGUGUACGUACGGUGAUAAUAUUUACCUGAAGACAUCUCUCCACUUCCUUGCAGCAAGCAUAGCCCUCCAAAAAAAGAUUGUUGCUUGUUGGAGUGUACUUUGCACAAUAUUACACAGUAUGCCAGACUGAAAGCCUAUUUGUUGUUCCUUAAUAAAAUGUUUCUGUAUAACAGUGCAGAUUUUAACAGGCUUGAGCAAAACAGCUUGCUUAUUUCUGUUUCCAUCAACAUAACAAAUUUGGCCAUGGUUUUGUUUGGAAGAAUCUCUGAAAUUGCAUAUGUGCUUUGAUCUGACCAGGAUACAGUGGGAGACAGGGUGCCGGGCAGUGUACCCCAGUUUCACUCAAGUACUUACUCAGAUGGGUAAGACUGAACUCUCGUUGAAGGAGGAGGCGGAGGAGGAUUACAUUAACCAUCGUGUGUCCAGUUGAUUUAUCCUAAAUACUGACUUUAUCAUUUACCUAAAAUGUGAAAUGUUCUCCAGAUGACAACAGAUCUGAACUUGAGUAAUCUGGGGUGCCUGUAUAAUGAGUAUCACAAUGCUCCCAGCAAGGUUCAGUGUUGGAAGACUGUGGUGUUGAGCAGGGGAAGACCACACCACCUGUUCCAGUGCUUCAAGGCCUACAGAACCAAAGUCCUGUUUACAGUAUCGAUAAUGAUUCAGAUCUGAAACACUUUCAUUACUUGUCUGAAGAUCUUCUAACCAGCUGGAUAAAGACAUUGCCUUGAUCAACACCACCAGUCUUCACCAAUUUUGUUCCUUCUGCAUUUGCCUCAUUCUAAGUUUACUAAUAGAACAGAAAUGGCUUAAAUUUGGCAGUUACAUGGCAACAUUUUUGUCCGAUAUUUUGAUGUUGUUUGUAAUACUUGUAUGUCCUCAUCCUGAUUGGAUGAUGUCUGAAACUUAUAUUUUGUUUUAAAUCUUUUUUAAAAGUUACAAUAUUUAUCUAAAGAUAUAAUUUAAAAUGUUUAUACUGAACGUUGAGCAACUUUAAAAUAUAUACUUAUAAAUAAAUAUGAAUAAUAUAUAUGUUUAAUGCUUGUCUAGGGAUACCGAGAUCUAAAGCUGACAUGCAUGCAAGGACAUUAUUGUGGCUCUCAGAGGGAGUAUUUCCCACUGUGUGUCCGGCCCUCAGUUGGGAUAUUAUGUAAGGUAGAUGACUCUGCUAUUCAGAGGUGAACUUACAAUGAGGUGAUAUUUACUCAUUUACUCGAUCUUUAUUGAAAUUGGUGUCCUGCUACUGAUGUGUUUCCAUGUUGUUAUUGUCGUAUGCUAUCUAGCAACAAGAGUGUGCCGUCACAGACUCUCAACUUCAUAGAAAACAGUUUAGAUCCACGUGUUACAGGCUAGUGACUGAAAUAAAUGCUUUUGAAAUAUA